CUUUUUUCACCUAAUUCCUAGUAUCUAUAAUAUUGUUUAAUAUAUUAUAAUUAGUACUUAUUUAUUAUUUGAAAACAUGAAAUUCUUAAUUUAAUUUAUAUAAAAAACUUAAUUUCUACUUAUUUAACACUUAGUAAAAUUAAUAUUGCUUGAAUAAAUCCAUUUUUUGUUAAUGGGAUAGCUUUUAAGCUCAAAUAGUAAAGACUAUCUUUUAGAAAUAAGAAAGUUAUCAUUAAAUAAAGUAAACUUAGAUGAUAUAAAUUACUUAUAGGUUUAAACUUCAUUUACCCCUGAAGAGCUUUACUCACUUUACUAAAAAUUUGCUAAUUUGGGCACCCCUAGAGAAUCAAAUCUAUCAAUAUAUGAAUUCAUGAGAUUAGAAGAAUUAAUUAAUUGUCCAUUUAUGCCACGCCUACCAGAUGGUCUUGACUUAAAAUAUUAAUUAGAGGCCUUCCUUUAUAAAUAAGACAUAGAAAAUUCUAAAAAUACUCCUACUGAAAAGCAACAAAAUCAAGGUUAAAACAAAGAAAAAUUACAAAAAAAAGAAAGUUUAAAGAGUAGAGAGUAAAAAAAAGUUAUAAUAGACAACAGCACUGUAAUGCUUUAAAGUAGCUACAGUAGCUUUAAAAAUAAUAUUAAUUAACUAGAUAUUAAGUUUAUAGAUUUUAAAUUAUUUGUUAUGGUUUUGAAUGUAUUUUCUCCUUAAGCAUCAACUGGAAUUAAAACAAAAUUUAUGUUUAAAAUUUUUGAUUUUGACAAUGAUGGUGUACUUCUAUUUAAAGAUAUAUUUUAAGGGAUAAAAAUGAUGUAUUCUGACCAUAAUCUUAAGGAAUGUAAACUAACAGAUAAUGAAAUAACUUCUCUAGUCAUGAGAAUUUUUUAUGAAUCUGAUAUUAGCUAGGAAGAUGGAUUUAAAUACGAAGAUUUUUAACUCAAUUUGUGGGAGACUGAUUUCGAAAAGCAAUGCACAAUAUAUUUUUGAAAAUUUAUUUCAUUUAAUUAAUGCAUCAUGAUAUACUACAAAAUUGUUUACUUAAUUUUUUAGCAAAAUGAAUUUUUAUUUCAAUAAUAUUUUUUAAACAAAACUUUUUUGUUAGAGAAAGAAAAUAAAAGUUUUAUUAAUGUAAUUUUUUUAUAUCAUCCAAACAAAUGCUAUGAGCUUCUUAGACGAAAAGAGCAAAAUAUAAAAACACAACACAUAAAUACUUGCGAAAGUAUAUUAAAAUAGAAGAUAUUUGAAAUAAGAUAAAAUAUUGCAAACAAGUUAAAAGAAACUAAAUAAUUUGUAAAAUAAAUGAUA